AUGUAUUUGCGUGCAUUAUCUAGAAAGGCAGCCGCUAGGCCAUUGUUGGGUCUGGGAUUGCGUCCAGUUUCCAUUGGUAUUCGUCACAUGUCGACUCCCUCUAACCAAGAUCCAAAAUCGAAGGCUGUAGCUAUUUUGAACAGCUUACCAGGGAACUCUGCUUUGACCAAGACUGGUAUCUUGGCUACAUCUGCUGCUGCCGCUGUGUACGCUGUUUCAAAUGAAUUGUACAUUUUGAACGCAGAAACUAUUUUGCUCGGUACUUUCACAGGUGUUUGUUACUUGAUUGUGAAGUUUUUGGCUCCUGCUUACAGUGAUUUUGCUGAAAAGAGAAUCAAGCACGUUUCUGAUAUUUUGAACUCCUCUAGAACCAAGCACGUUGAAGCUGUCAAGACUAGAAUUGAAUCUGUUUCUGAAUUGAGCAAUGUCGCACAGACUACCAAGACCUUGUUUGACGUUUCCAAGGAAACUCUUGAAUUAGAAGCUAAGGUGUUUGAAUUGAAGCAAAAGCAAGAUGUCAUUAAGGAGGCUACUGCCGUCUUGGACUCAUGGGUUAGAUAUGAGGCUUCUGUUCGCCAAAUGCAACAACAACAAGUUGCCGACUCUGUUAUUGGCAAGGUUCAAUCUGAAGUGGCCAAUCCAAAGUUCCAAGAGAGGGUCUUGCAACAAUCUGUUGCUGAGGUUGAGAAGUUGUUCGCAAAUUUAAAGUAA